GCUAGUCGCUUAGCAAGCUAUGUUUCCGAACCGCAGAAAUUAAACCUUGAUAAAUGCAAGUCAAUGGAAAUUUAUUUAUAACUGAAUUAAGUUGGGACUGUUGCAGACGGGCCGUUACGCCCUCGGACAAGUCUCUGGAGAAACACCCUGUCCGCCGGCCUAGUCGCGUCCAGCACCAUCAGAGGCGGUGGCCCGCGGCCCGCGGUGAGACAGACGCCUGCGCAGUCGCGCCCGAGCGCCAGGGCGCUGCUGGUUGCGGUCCCGUCACGUGACCGCAGUCCGGAGGCCCUGGCACACGGUACAACUGUAUUUGACAGAGGAGUCAUAUUGGACGGGAAUUGGCCUCCAAUUCGCUCUGUCAAAUAAAGUAGGACAGUUAACUUCAAUUGUGUUUUAAAACAUGUUAUACUAUCAAAAUCUAUAAGUAGCCUAAGGUUUCUCAAAAUUUUAUUAGAAAUCUCUUUUUGAAAUUAAUUAAUGCAUCAUUGUGCUGAAUGCAAUCACCGAAGCUGUGCUUUUUGUGCAAAUUUAAAAAUUUUAAACCUCUGUAAAUUUAACUCACAUUAAUACUCGUUACAUACUAAAAUUAAUCUUCAGUGAAUUAUAGUCACAGAAAUUUGUUUGUUAAAUAUAAAACAACAUUUAUAUUAACAUUAUUUUAGUAAUUUCACUUUUAUAAUCUUUAAUCGCACGUAUGUUAUUCCCAAUUUUAAAGUUUUCUUGUAACACAAUUUUCGUGCUCGCUAGGCCCGAUUUUGACUAUUGAAUUCAACAUCCUACCUAAUACGUGCAUAAUAGAGGCGAGGCGACGAGGCCAGUGGGUCGGCUAGUUAGCCCACGAGUGGGGAGCGGUCCAUUAGCGCUACACGCCUAAGCGUAUGAGCAGCGCCGCCUCGCUACCAACUCUUCCCGCUCCCCCUUCCUUGGCGCUUUGUCAUCGAACUCUCCGUUCCUCCAGAGGAUUCUGCGGGUGCCCGGAGCCAUCCGCAGGGAUUCGCGUAACUAGGACGACAUUGUUCUGGGAGCUUCAGGUGUUAAGUCGACCGUGAUGACGUGACACUCCAAAGGGGUGCAAGAUGAUUCCAGAAGGGGGCUGAGGGGUAUAAAAACUGCAACUCCUGUCGCCGUCGCAGGUGGGCUGGCUAUCAGCCCGACGGGAAACGACAAAAGUCGCCCCCGAAACAACCAGUGCCAUCCAAACAAUGCGGACAGCAAUGUCCAAGCCCCCAACCCCCCCCUGCAUGGUAGACUCUUUGCUACUUUAUCCAACUCCUCUUCCAGAUCCAUCCUUCUGUCUCCCGUAAGCUUCCUGCUUGAUUUUAAUGCAUGACAUUUUUGCAUCCCGCAUGUUAGAGCACAGGGUUUUCCCUGUGUCUAUGCAGGUUUUACCUGCGCUCAAAUUAUUUAGUUUUAGUCUAGUAUAGUCAGCGAGGGGAGUUAGUCGUGGCACCAAUCGCUGCCAUGGCUGGCCAAUCCCCUCCUAGCACAUUAUGCAUGCUACCUCUCCUGCAUGGCUAAUACCCUGCAUGAUUAGAGCGUUUUGGCUUUGGCCUGAGACGCACUUACUCUCCCUUCCUAACCCGGAACUCUCCCCAACACACUUAGUUUUAGUUAGGUAAAAAAAAUUCCGUGGCAGUGAAGAGGGCGGAGACUGGUGCGUCGGGACUGUGCUGUGUGCGGCGGACGAGUGAGUAUUUCGAGGCAGUUUGUUGGGACCUUAGUUUUUUGGUAAGAUACGAGAAGUAGGAGGAGCCAUUGUUGAAUCAAGCUUCAGUGGGGAGAGUAAACUGUGGACCAAGAGUGAUUAGUAAUCAGUGUUUUAAUUUAAUUAUUAGUGUAAAUAAAACAGUAUCAAUAUGGUUUUCCUUUUCUAUGCUGUUUUCCUACUCAUAAAAAUAUUUUAUAGUACAACCUAAUUGCAAAAUAUAUUAUGGAAACUCGUCAACCAACAUGCCAAACAAACAUGGCUGCGCUAGUGACAUUUUUGGUGACAUCAUAACCCUCCAAUUUGUUUUGACGAAUCAUGUUGGCAUGUGCUGGAAGCGGAAGUUGGAUUGCGUGACAGAGUCUUCAGCACCCUCGGCGGCCGGGACUGUCUGCCCGACGUCUGAAGAAGAGCUGCGGUUGUCCGGUCACAUACACACACUCAGCGCUGCGCCCCGCCCUGGACUCUGGGCCAGACCUCCACGUGACACUGCCGCGGGCUCGCACUAUGCUGCCGUGCUAGUGACGCCAGCCAGCAGCGCUGCAUGCCACUGGGGCCCAUCACUGUCAGUUCCAGGGCGAGCGUGGCCGAGACGGUGACCUCCACGGCCAUAACCUUCCCCGCCCGCCUGGAGGAGGACCUAGAUCCAGCCCUGACGAAUUUCUUCUGGUAUGAGCUCGGUGUAAUGACAGGCGUGCUUCUCGCGGUCCUGGCGGUGAUCUGCGUGGUGUGGUGCCUCAGACGAACUGUGCCCCGCGUGUGUGACUGCCUGUACAUUUGGUAUGGGUACAUCACCGUGGGGCGCAUUUACCGGCCGGACGAUCCCCUGCAAGCCAUCGUGGUGGUGUCGGAUGGCGACCCACCUCUAGAGGCCCCGCCUGCGACGCCUCCCGGGGAAGUAGAAGUACUGCCAAGUCAUGACAUUGCGCCGGCGGCUCUACCCGAGACUCGGCUUGAAGUCGAAGAAAUGCCAGCCAGCAGCCUAGAGCUGGAGGCUUCAACGGUAAACUUGCUCGAGGAUAUCGUCCUACCACAGGUUUCAACUGCGUCUUAACCUGCCAGAUGUAGAUCUAAUGCUGGAUAACUCCACUUCAACCUCACUCGAAGCUGUCGUUAAACUGCCAGUUGACAAUCUAACACUGGAGGCUCCUCCUGAAUCCCCACUCUAGAUCACAACUAUUGCCCUUCUGUUGGAGGCUUUACUGCUUGAUGUAUCCGUAUUUCCGACAGCCUGAGACCUAAUGCUGGACACUACACCAGCGCCUCUACCUGAGGGCGCCGUAGUUCCCAGCUACACCAAAAUGUUGAAAUCACGGCACCUAUCUACACUUUAGUAAGUCUUAGUACUGUCAGCUAACGGCCUAAGGUUAAAUGAUUAACAUGCUAAAGAUGAAUAAUAGUGGAAGAAACAUACCAUAAGUAACUGAAUGUAAUCGUGACUUCUGAUGAUUUUUGUGAGCUGUGGUCACACCAUUGUGGUCAGGACUCCAUCUUUGUGUUUGUGAAGUUAGAUGAGUGACACUUGUUUUAUUUUAACCCUACAUGUAACGAACAUAUUCCGUUUAUUUUCUAGGAAUGACUGACCCCUAUAUGUCCCACGUAAAGCGAGUCAGCUCGGGUUAAUGUUUUCUGAGCAUAAAAAAUGGACUUAAGUGUUUAAGCCAUGCAUUUUGUUCUAAACUAUGAAAUUUACCUAACUGCAGAUUAGAUAAAUAUUGCAGUUAUAAAGUAAUAAAUUAAACACUACAUUGAAGG